CCAUGGUGUGCUCACUGGGAUCGCAGUCGCCGACAAGUACUUCCUAAAGUCCGUCGGUCUCUCAUUUGCGUUUCAAGCUCAAGGACUGUUGCGCAAGACCUGAGUCAUGCCCAAAACCUUGCUGCAGUGCUACAACAAAGGGUGCCUCAAGAAAUUCGAUCCCGAUGAGAACGCGCCAGAUGCCUGUGUACAUCACCCCGGAAAGCCCGUGUUUCACGAUGCCUACAAAAGUUGGUCGUGCUGCAAGGCCAGGACCACGGAUUUCACAGAAUUUCUAAACAUCAAGGGUUGUACAAAAUCCUACCAUCUAGACACGAAGCCACCAGAGUCGCCAAAACCAGAAAGAAAAAUUGACCCUGAACUUGAGGCUCAACUAGAGGCUGCCAAUCAACAGAAAACAGCAGUGCGUGCACAGAUAACUCCAAUCAUUAGACCUGAUGAGAAUGACCCACUUGUGAGGCUACGAAGCUCUGUUGGUUCAAGCCUCACUCCUCUCCUCAGCAAGCUUUCCCUGGAGAAGAAAGUUGUUGUGCCCGAAACUGAAGCUGAUAGCGUUGUGACAGUUGGCACAACGUGCAAGAAUGCCGGUUGCCGGCAGACGUACAAAGGAGAACAAAGCAACCUGGACUUCUGCUUAUACCACGCAGGCUAUCCCAUAUUUCAUGAGGGGAUGAAGUACUGGACUUGUUGCCAGCGUAAGACAUCAGACUUUACCAACUUCCUGGAACAACAGGGUUGCACGUCGGGCAAGCACGUGUGGAUAAAAAAGAAAACCGCAGAAGCACAGACGUCGUGUCGUUUCGACUGGUACCAAACUGCAAAUUCUGUGGUAAUCAGUAUUUUUACCAAGCUGCCUAUACCCGACGAAUCGUAUGUGGAAGCAAACCCAGUCAAGUUGCACCUGCACAUUACCUUCGGGGAAGACCGUACCGUCUACGACCAAGUCAUGGUGCUUCAUGGAGUAAUCGAUGUGGAGAAAAGUACAGUGCAGUACCUUGGAACCAAAGUUGAGGUCAACCUCAAGAAAAGGGACAUUGUAAGCUGGAGGCUGCUGACUGUUGCACCACCAAAGCCACGUAUUCAGGACGGCAACGGGGACAUCAAAGACACGUGAAACAAGCCUCGUGCCAGAUAUGCUUCAUGGCAGCAGCUCAGGCAGGGAAAUGUUGAAACAGUUCAUCUAACUUAAUGGAACAUCCUAAUCAAAGAACCUGUGGUUAUCAUUAAAGAGAUUUGACCUUGUUCCACAUU